AUAACGUUAAAAAAGAUCCCACAUUGUUUGCCUAUCUUCAGCGAUAAAACCCACACAAUAUAAUAAAUUUCUUCUUCUAGGUAACCGAAUAGAAAUAUAAUAGAUAUAGGGAGUUACGUUUCUAUAUAUAUAAAUCAGACAGUAGUGAAACCAAAACCACCCAACGAUAACAAUGAAGUCCCUGGAGAUCUUCAUCAUCGCCGCCGCCGCCGUCGUCUUGACCAUCGUGACCGGAGCCAAUACGACGACCACCGUGUCCGUCAGCAACGAACGGAGACCGGGGCUAGCGAGCAGCCCGAUCUACGUCACGUGCUACGAAGGGUUGGGACAACAACCGCCGCAGACCAUUCUGCCAGGUCAUGAAGUUCCUUUCCAGCUGAAGACGCCGGCCGACGGGUUGGGAUGUUUUUGCGUGGGGAGGUUCUCGGAGUUGGACGAAAUGGGGAAGCCCAGAUAUUACAUCUACGACUCUCGGCACGGCAGCAGUAAUUAUGGCGGGUACGGCAACUGCGAGUCCAGCGUCGUCUGUCCGGUCAAAGCCAACGAUACCAGCUUUUAUGGUUGGAACCAGGGAAAGCGAGAGUGGGAUAUUAUUAUGCCCAAAAUAUGGCUUCCUUGAUUCAAUCUUCUGCAGGACUUUCUGUUGAGCUGCGCACCUUUUUGUUUGUCUUAGAUCAUUUGGUUUUAAAUUGUCCAUUCUAUUAUAUAUUUUACGAUAGGUUGUGCUUAUUUUACAAUAUUUCAUGUUCUGGAGUGUGGUGAAAGCAUGGGAGUGAGUUCCAUGACAUUUGAAUGCUAAAAGAAGGGGGGGAAACACUCACAAUGAUUUUCAUAGUCAUGGGCAUGAAAAUCACGAUCCAUCUGAGCCUAUGCAACCAUUUCCAGAGGUUCUGCCCAAAAGGAUAGGCAGAACAAUCAAAAAGCCCGUGCUUUUUUCAAAAAAGCACGACGUCCAUGGAAAAAGCAUUGAGAAAUUGUGUUAGUAAAUGGCAUAAUAUUAA